AUGGUACCAGAACAAGGCGCCGGCGGCCCUCUGGAGAGGACUAGACGAAACCUCUCCACAUCGGCUCCUUGCCCCAGCUCAGAUGGUGGUGAUUCGGUACCCGAGGCUGAUGUUCAGAUGCAGCAGCCUGAUCAGGAGGAAGAGAAAUCUGCUGCUCAAUCACAACCUUCCCAAGAAUCACCUCGCAGGUGCGAUUCCGCGCCUCGGGCAACCUCACCCACCACAGCCCUCACCCCAAGCCAAGCCGACUCUCGCACCUCGACGCCUCAACCCGAGUCCGCAAAGUCUCACAGGCGAUCUAGCCGCUCGUCCGUCAGCUCUGCGACUUCUACAUACCCGAUAGAGCCCCCGGUCACUCGUGCUACCCUGAGCGAGCUGGACGUGACCAAAAUCAUCCACAACCCCAAGCUCCGUCACGACAUCAACUUCGACCCCGAACUGCACUUUAGACCGAAUCUAGAUGGCGAAAAGGGCCGCAAGAAACAGGACCGCGCAAACCAGUUUUGGCGCUCCCUUAAGAAAGAGCUGGCCAUGUUCGUAGCCGACCGGCCCGCUUUCUACACCAAGUAUGGCCAUGGUGAUGACUGGACUCUGCCGACCCUGCUCAAGGCCGUCAAGGACAUUAUUCAGACUCUUGUCCCUCAACGUGAUCGCCACUUCCUCGACGAGGGUCUCAAUGUUGACCUGCUCAUGCAGCAGUUUCACAAGGGCAUCGCCGAUCUCGAGAAGCUCGCCCAAUGGCUUUCUCAGGUCCUCAAAUCUCACUGCGCCCCUAUGCGAGACGACUGGGUUGAUGCCAUGUACAAGCAGCUCAGCAACGGCAACAAAAACGGCGACAUUGAUGAACUUGUCAACGGCAUGCGCAGUCUGCUUAGUGUUCUUGAGGCUAUGAAACUCGAUGUCGCCAACCACCAGAUCCGCUGCCUCCGCCCCGUCCUUAUCGAAGACACUAUUCACUUUGAGCAAAAAUUCUUCUUCAAAAAGAUCUCCUCACGCAAGAUGGACAUAGCCUCUUCCAAGGACUGGUACAAGAACGCCAACGCUGCUUGUGCCGCGUCUAUGGCCAGCUCGACCUCGAACUCUGGCGAUAGUGGAGUCUUCUUCCACGCCCUUGCUCGUCUCGUCUUGCCAUCGUGCCCCGACAAGCGCCUGCCUAACACCUUUCUCUUCGACGAGGAGCGCAUCCUCAAGUUGCGCUCCGACAUGCUCGACGCAAUAAACCUCGAGGUCUGCAUGAAGAUGUACGAGGACCUCGAGCGCAUCGGACGCUACAGCGCCACGGGUCUCUUCGAAGGCAUGGGCCUCGGCGGGGACAGCACACGUCGCCCUCCCACGCACAGCUCCGAAUUCAACUUCAACACGCCCCUCGAGACCUCCCGACCCGCCAGCCUCAACUUCAGCACCUCUGGCUCUGAGGCGGCUUCAUCCGCUCGCUCGUCUCUCAACCUUCCUACCUACGUCGCUCCCGAGAAUAACGACGUCAAGAACAAGACGCGUGACCUCUACAACUCUCUCGUGGCUCUGCUCCAGUCUGCCACUCCCGGUCUGCGCCAAACUGCUCGUUGGAAGUCAAUCUCGUCCUCGAUUGCCCUGCAAAUAUUCCGCUACACCAAAGCUCCCAUCAGCAUGCUGGCCACCUUUGAGGAGAAGCUCGCUACCAAUGUUUGCGACAUGGACUCAGCUAUCUACAAGGAGGUGGAAAAGUCUUUCCAUAUCCGCCUCUUGGCCGAACUUACCGCACGUGUUCGCGAAUACCGCCCUCUCUCUGGCGUCUGCCUCUUCUCGGCUGCCACCACUGCCCGAACCCAGUCUCGCGACCACGACCAGGACGCCGGUGUGGUGGAGGAUAUUGCUGUUCGUCUGGCACACCUCGGCGUUCUACACUGGCGUGUCUGGGCUCAGAUGGCGUACGUGGAUGAGGAGGAUUAUAUGGUCGUCGACUCGGAAAACUAA